AUGGAGGUUCACAGCCAAGAGUACCGCACGGCGUUUGCGUUUGAGCAUUCCCUGACACCAGUGUACAUGCGCGUGGAGAUUGACGGCGUCCUUCGAGUCACGGCCAGGGUUUUACGAAGCACCUUGGCGAUUUGGCAAGAUCUCUCGACGUUUGCGAUGAAGGCGGAGAAUUGA